UGUCGCGAAUAUAAGCACCGCGAGCACGCCUCGUCGGCAAUCUGCAUCCACCUUGAUCUGCCCAACCCCGACGGAAAUCAGCAAAGAUGGUCAACUUCACUAUCGAAGAGAUCCGUGGUCUCAUGGACCAUCCCACCAACAUCCGCAACAUGUCGGUGAUUGCCCACGUCGAUCACGGAAAGAGUACCCUUACUGACUCCCUGCUCAGUAUGGCUGGUAUCAUUUCCAGCGGCAAGGCCGGUACUGCCCGUGCUAUGGACACCCGUGCCGAUGAACAGGAGCGUGGUAUCACCAUCAAGUCGACUGCCAUCUCGAUGUACUUCCAGCUCAACCCUGAUGACCUCCCCGACAUCAAGCAGGAGACCAAGGGCAACGAUUUCCUGAUCAACCUGAUUGACUCGCCCGGCCACGUUGACUUCUCGUCCGAAGUCACUGCUGCCCUCCGUGUCACCGACGGUGCCCUCGUCGUCGUCGACACCAUCGACGGUGUCUGUGUCCAGACCGAGACUGUCCUGCGUCAGGCUCUCGGUGAGCGCAUCAAGCCCGUCGUCAUCAUCAACAAGGUCGAUCGUGCUCUGCUCGAGCUGCAGAUCACCAAGGAAGAUCUCUACCAGACCUUCCGCCGCACCAUCGAGAACGUCAACGUCGUCAUUGCCACCUACUUUGACAAGGUCACCGGCGAUCUCCAGGUCUACCCCGAGAAGGGCACCGUCUGCUUCGGCUCUGGUCUCCACGGCUGGGCCUUCACCCUCCGCCAGUUUGCCAGCCGCUACUCCAAGAAGUUCGGUGUUGACCGCGAGAAGAUGAUGACCCGUCUGUGGGGUGACAACUACUUCAACCCCGCCACCCGCAAGUGGACCACCAAGGCCGAGGGCGCCGAUGGCAAGCCCCUCGAGCGUGCCUUCAACAUGUUCAUCCUCGACCCCAUCUUCAAGAUCUUCGACGCCACCAUGAACGGCCGCAAGGAGGAGGUCCUGACCAUGCUCGAGAAGCUCGGCAUCGCCCUCAAGUCCGACGAGAAGGAGCUGGAAGGCAAGGCUCUCCUCAAGACCGCCAUGCGCAACUUCCUGCCCGCCGGCCAGGCCCUGCUUGAGAUGAUCUGUAUCCACCUCCCCUCCCCCGCCACCGCCCAGAAGUACCGUGGUGAUGCUCUCUACGAGGGACCCAACGACGACGAGUGCGCUGUUGCCAUCCGCAACUGCGACUCCAACGGCCCCCUCAUGCUCUACGUCUCCAAGAUGGUUCCCACCUCUGAUAAGGGUCGUUUCUACGCCUUUGGCCGUGUCUUCUCCGGCACCGUCCGUGGUGGUCUCAAGGUCCGCAUCCAGGGCCCCGCCUUCAUUCCCGGCGAGAAGAAGGAUCUCUUCGAGAAGGCCAUCCAGCGCACUGUCCUCAUGAUGGGUGGCAAGGUCGAGACCAUCGACGACUGCCCUGCCGGUAACAUCAUUGGUCUUGUCGGCAUUGACCAGUUCCUGCUCAAGUCCGGAACCAUCACCACCUCCACCACCGCCCACAACAUGAAGGUCAUGAAGUUCUCUGUCUCGCCCGUCGUCCGUGUCGCCGUCGAGUGCAAGAACCCCUCUGAUCUCCCCAAGCUUGUCGAAGGUCUCAAGCGCCUGGCCAAGUCCGACCCCUGUGUCCUCUGCUACACCUCCGAUUCUGGUGAAAUGAUUGUUGCCGGUGCUGGUGAGCUCCACCUGGAAAUCUGCCUGAAGGAUCUCGAGGAGGACCACGCCGGUAUCCCCCUCCGCAAGGGUGACCCCGUCGUCCAGUACUGUGAGACCGUCACUGGCGAGUCCAACAUUGUCUGUCUGUCCAAGUCGCCCAACAAGCACAACCGUAUCUUCAUGAAGGCUCUUCCCCUCCAGGAGGACCUCAGCCGCGAGAUUGAUGAGGGCAAGGUCAGCUCCAAGGAUGAACUCAAGGCCCGUGCCCGCUACCUCGCCGAGACCUACGGCUGGGACGUCACCGAUGCCCGUAAGAUCUGGUGUUUCGGCCCCGACUCGACCGGCCCCAACAUGCUUGUUGAUGUCACCAAGGGUGUCCAGUACCUCAACGAAAUCAAGGAUUCGUGCGUUGCUGCCUUCCAGUGGGCCACCAAGGAGGGCUGUAUCGCCGAAGAGAACAUGCGCGGUAUCCGCUUCAACAUCCUCGAUGUCGUCCUGCACGCUGACGCCAUCCAUCGUGGUGGUGGCCAGAUCAUCCCCACCUGCAGACGUGUCUGCUACGCCUCCGUCCUCACUGCCGAGCCCGGUAUCAUGGAGCCCGUCUUCCUGGUUGACAUCCAGUGCCCCGAGAACGCCAUGGGUGGCAUCUACGGUGUCCUGAACACCCGCCGUGGCCACGUCGUCUCGCAGGAGAACACCCCCGGAACCCCUCUCUACCAGGUCAAGGCUUACCUCCCCGUCAUGGAGUCCUUCGGCUUCACCGCCGAUCUCCGUGCCGCCACCGGUGGUCAGGCUUUCCCCCAGAUGAUCUUCGAUCACUGGCAGCUCAUGGGUGGCUCGCCCAUCGAGAAGGGAUCCAAGAUCCAGGAGCUGAUGAUGGCCGUCCGCAAGCGCAAGGGUCUUCCCGAGGAAAUCCCUCCUCUCGACCGCUACUACGACAAGCUCUAAAGCGUGUUCAGCAUGCCAUCAGUUCCAUUUCUGUGAUUAUCUUUCCUCUUGCCUCUUUCUUUCUCAUAAAUCUGUAAUUGGGACAUGCUCUUGAUGUAUUCAUACUUACAGCGUGUUCUCGUGCCAACGGGACACCUCCCACAACACGCUCACUGAGUUGCACUCACAGCACACACUCCCA